AUGUCGAUGGGGGGACCGGCGGCGGGAAUAAGGAUGGCGACGAUGGAGGCGGCUAUGGCGGUCGUAGUGGUGGUUGGGAUGAUGACGAGGGGGGUAGGGGAAGUGACGUGGUGCAUAGCGAGGAGUGCGGCGGGAACAACGGCGCUGCAGACGGCUCUGGACUACGCGUGCGGGUCCGGGGCGGCGGACUGCACGCCGGUGCAGUCCAGCGGCCUCUGCUACCUCCCCAACUCGCUCGCCGCCCACGCCUCCUACGCCUUCAAUAGCUACUACCAGCGCUCCAAGGCCGCCCCCGGCGCCUGCGACUUCGCCGGCACCGCCACCGUCACCAUCACCGACCCUAGUUACGGAUCGUGCACAUACCCUUCUUCUGCAAGGUAUGUGACACGCUUGCCUUUUAAAUCUGAAGCAACUCAACUUUUCUUGCAAAGAAUGAAAAUUUUAUUUAUAUGCAUAAUCCCGAGAUAUGGAGCACUGCAGGAGGCUCAACAAGUACACCAAGAACUAAUACUCCCUCCAAUACACCAGCAACAACCUCUAUACCGCCUUCUACACCAAACUUUGGCAGCACUGAUGGUGGUGUUGGUGGGCUGAGUCCUCCAGGGUUUGGCUCAACGGUGCCUAAUGCCGAUACAUCUAUUGCUUCUCCUAUGUGCCCCCAUUUUCUGACCAGUUGCCUUUACUUCAUCUCAUUGCUAAUCUGAUGGAUUAGGUUAGGCUUUUCAAGUGCACAUUAUUGUAUCUGCCACAAUUUUGUUUGAGCACUUUGUGGCAGUUUUUAAUUACGAUGUGCUGAUCUUGCAACUUCCAAAUGUUUGUGAGGAAAGAGAUGGUGGGUGUAGGCACUGGGAUAUGGCAUCCUCUUCUCCAUCUACUGAAAAAUAGGGACCUAAAUCUAAAUGUGCAUCCUUUUCAUUCUUGUAUGUGCUUCAUGGGUUUUAGUUGUAGUUACAAGUGUAAAGAUGACCUUACUUGCUUAUAAGUGGCUUGUCAGUUCCCAAGGUUGUCUCUAACAUGAAGUCCUGGGUUGGCCUGAUGCUCAACAUGGUGAAUGGCUUGGAGCUGCUGUUUUAAAAAAUGUGCUGACUCCGUUCUUCAUGGCUAAGAACUUGAAUUUUUUGACACAUGGAGAUCUACAAUGAUGUGCCACAAGAGAACUUCCAAGAUUUGAAGAAAUGAUGAUGAUCUUUGGUACACCUGAAGCAACUCUUAUAAUGCAUCAUUGCAUAGCUUGCUUUUCAACAAGCACUAGAUGUGAUUAAAUGUGGUGUUGUUUUUGUUGGUACAACAUAAAGAAAAAGGUAAGAAAACAAGCAUUGGCAUCCAUAUGUGAUCUUUUUUGCCCCAUGAUUUUUGGUCUAGUGUCCUCUACACUGACAAAUUAUUGAGGGAUGUGGAAUCAGGUCUUGAAGAUCUUCCAAAUGCUCAAGGGAUCAUUCUUUGUUGACCAUGCUGAAAAUAAUUAGUGAGAAGGAAGUGUGGUGCCUGCAAGGAACUUAAGUUGCAUAUUAAGAGCCUGGCAACAUCAUGCUCAUAUUAAUUAUUUUCAUGUGAUCAAAUGUUCACAAGAUAGCUGAUAUAGAAUUCCAAUUCUAUGCAAGUUGUCCUACUAUAAGACAUACACAAGGGUUUUUGGUAGGUUAGCUAGAUGAUACAUCUUGACAUCCUUUAGCUAUGUAACUGUAUAUUUCUUUUAGAUGGUGUUUGAUGAAGCUGAAGAAGAGAGCAAACCUUAACUUUGCUAGUGAUCUCUCAGAGCAUCCAAAUGAGUACGGCACUGCAAGCAAAAGGUCUUCCAAACCAAGAGUCAGACUACAAGCUGACUUAAUAUGCUGCAAGAUUUAUGUGAUGAUUUCAGGAAACAAAAUAGUGCAUAAGGAGGGGUAACAAGAGAGGUCAUCAUUCUCCACACAAGAAACCAGCAAGUAGAUGAGUUCAAACAAACCUCACCGUACAACAGAAACUUGACAAGAUUGUUCUCUUGAUAUGAGUCUUCUUCUUGAAUAGGAUCAUUGCUCCUGAUAGAGAUAUUAAAGCAGUACCUCUCAUAUUGGAUGGAGGACAAAAGCAUCGCGAGCUUCAGUUCUCCAAGUCAGUGCCCACCACAGAUAGUGACAUCUUCUUUUGCUAAAGAAGAUGUUGGAAAAGUGCUGCUGUCUUCCUCCAACAAUUCUUUGUCGCCUAAAGUGGGUCAUGCAAUGAAGGAAACCUAAGAACUGCCUUGCAAGAUCUUUAGACCAAAAUAGUGCAGCGUGCUAUCCCUUUGGAAAGACAGAUGACUAGUGGGCAGUGGCAUUCAAAUAGUCAAAUUGAUGUGUGGGAAUGGGAAGGAAUGGCCUUCUUCACCACUCUUUGAGGAUUCCUGUGCAACAGCCUCUCUCUUUGUGUGUUUGCAGACUUAGGUUGUGGAAGAAAUCAGAAAAAUAAUUCUAGAAUGUGGUUUCCUUUAGAAGAAUAGAAGCUUCUUCAUGUUCUUUUCAAGUUUGUGGUCAACAAAAGUGGAUAGAUUGAUUGGAAGCUCAGUUUAUUAGUUUUUUUUGUUGAGAUUUCUAAUUGAAUGAACUCAGAGUUAAACUUGUGAAGAUUAGCAUACAUCAUUUAU